AUGCCGUCUUCCAUGCAAUACAUUGCUACCAUUGGUGUUGGCUUUUUGGGCCUUUGCGUGGGCGUUUCGGUUACAUACUACAAUAUGGAAAUGGAAUUGAAGCGGAAAGAGAAAAUGGCAGAGCUAAGGAGAAAAAAUGAUAUUCAAACCUUGGAAGUGACAUUGGCGAAGCAACGAGAGGUGAUCAAGAAACUACGAGGGAGUUUGGCUCUGGCCAUGAAACGACCCAUGAUCAGCUCCCCACUUUCUUCGCCACUCUCAUCGCCCGAUAGUAGGAUCCGACAACGGUAG